UGGGAGCGGAACUGGGACCCGGAGCCAGUGGGUGACAGGUGGAGCGCUGCGGGACGGAGGGAGCGGGGUCCUGGCUCAGGUGGGGUGGUACCCUCGGUCUCUCUCAGUGGAUGAACGUUGUUCUCUGGUACUCCAGUCAGACAGCGCAGAAGGGCUCUCUCUCCGUCUGGACCAUGCAAGAACAUCGGCCCCCAUAACAGGUGGGGAGCCGAACAUCUCAGAGCUUUCUGGGAUCUGCCCGUGCCCGUGCCUUCUCGCUCCGGUUUGGGGAGUGAGCACACCCGAGACGGCCUGUGACAGUCUUUUUCCGCUGCUGUGCCCAGGCUGGCCGUGAAACCUCGCACAGACGAUGCCAAUCCGGAGAGGUCAUGUUGCUCCUCAGAACACAUUCCUGGACACCAUUAUCCGUCGACUGGAGUGUCGGAAUUGCAAGUUCAUCAUUGGCAAUGCUCGCGUGAGCAACUGUGCCAUCAUCUUCUGCAAUGAUGCCUUUUGUCAGAUGUGCGGGUACUCGAGGGCAGAGGUUAUACAGAAACCCGGUACCUGUGACUUCCUGUACGGCCCACGGACCAAGCGAUCGGCCACUGUCCAGAUCACCCAGGCCCUUCACAGCUCUCAGGGAUGGAAGGUGGAGCUGCUGCUCUAUAGGAAGGACGGUUCGUGCUUCCUCUGUCUGGUGGACGUGGUUCCUGUGCGCUGUGAGAGAGGAUCUGUCAUCAUGUUCAUCCUGAACUUUGAGGAGGUGGUGCUGGAUGCAGCCUGGAAGGAGAAGGUUUCAGAACCCUGGUUUACUGCAGAGACGGUGAAGGGUGUGCUAAGAGCCCGGCUUUCCAGCUCCACUUCGGACACUGACCUGAUGAAGCCCCGCACAGUCAGGAAGAUCUCACAGAUCACCCUCAACUUUAAGGACCUGGAAGGGGAUCAGAUCACCCUACCAGCCACCAGUGACAAGGACAUCAUUGCCCCCAAGGUCAGGGAGAGGAGUCACAACGUCACCGACAAGGUCACCCAGGUCCUGUCUCUCGGAGCUGAUGUUCUUCCUGAGUAUAAACUCCAGGCUCCGCGGAUUCACAAGUGGACCAUUCUCCAUUACAGUCCCUUCAAAGCAGUGUGGGAUUGGCUGAUACUCCUGCUGGUGAUCUACACUGCCAUCUUCACGCCCUACUCUGCCGCCUUCUUGCUGAAUGAUCAGGAGGAGGUGAGACGGAGGGGCUGUGGUUACUCCUGCAACCCUCUCAGUGUGGUGGACCUGAUGGUGGACAUUAUGUUCAUGAUCGACAUUUUCAUCAACUUCCGCACCACCUAUGUCAACAGCAAUGAUGAGGUGGUCAGUAACCCGGUCAGAAUUGCCAUCCACUACUUCAAGGGCUGGUUCCUCAUUGACAUGGUGGCUGCCAUCCCCUUCGAUCUGCUCAUCUUCCGCUCUGGUUCUGAGGAGACAACCACUCUGAUUGGCCUGCUGAAGACCGCACGCCUCCUGCGUUUGGUGCGUGUAGCUCGUAAGCUGGACCGCUACUCGGAGUACGGGGCGGCCGUACUGUUCCUGCUGAUGUGCACCUUUGCCCUGAUCGCUCAUUGGCUGGCUUGUAUCUGGUAUGCUAUCGGGAAUGUGGAGCACACUUUCCUGCAGCCCAGGAUCGGCUGGCUGGACUCGCUGGGAGACCAGAUUGGCAAACAGUACCUCGAGAAUGACACCUCCUCAGGCCCUACCAUCAAGGACAAGUACGUCACCGCACUCUACUUCACCUUCAGUAGCUUAACCAGCGUGGGCUUCGGCAACGUCUCUCCCAACACCAACUCUGAGAAGAUCUUCACCAUCUGCGUCAUGCUCAUUGGCUCCCUCAUGUACGCCAGCAUUUUUGGCAAUGUCUCUGCUAUCAUCCAGCGUUUGUACUCGGGCACCGCCCGAUACCACACCCAGAUGUUACGGAUCCGGGAGUUCAUCCGCUUCCACCAGAUCCCCAAUCCCCUGCGCCAGCGACUGGAGGAGUACUUCCAGCAUGCCUGGUCUUACACCAACGGCAUCGACAUGAACGCGGUGUUGAAGGGUUUCCCUGACUGCCUCCAGGCUGACAUCUGCCUCCACCUGAACCGCAGCCUCCUACAGCACUGCAAGGCAUUCCAUGGUGCCUCUGCUGGUUGCCUUCGGGCUCUGGCCGUCAAGUUCAGGACCACACAUGCCCCACCGGGCGACACACUGCUCCACGCUGGUGACGUCCUCACAGCCCUCUACUUCAUCUCCCGCGGUUCCAUUGAGAUCCUGCGGGACAACCUGGUUCUGGCCAUUCUCGGAAAGAACGAUGUGUUUGGGGAGCCCAUCCACCUGUUUGCCCGCGCGGGGAAGUCGAGCGCGGACGUGAGGGCGCUGACCUACUGUGACCUGCACCGGAUUCAAAGCACGGACCUUUUGGAGGUUCUGGAAUCCUACCCCGAGUUCUCCAGGCACUUCUGGGCAAACCUGGAGAUCACCUUCAACCUGCGAGAUACCUCAAUGACGCGGAGCUCCAGCUCGGGUCAGAAGGUGACGGUGUCUGGCUGUCCACGCAGGAGUAGGCUUCCAUUCCGGACGAAGACUGAGGGCGCUGACCAGCCGGACAGGGGCCGAAUGUGGAGUGACACUCUCCCAGGAGUCAUGUGUGGAGUGGGCAGAGAGAAGAGGCACAAUACCUCGCCCUCUCACUCCCUGCAGAGAGACCGGGAGCACACGGCCCCCUUCCCCAGGGUCAUUGAGCUCUCUCCACUCAAGUGUUCCACCACGCAAAGCGACUUCCUCAUCAUCCAGGGAAGUGAGUCGCAGAGAGAAAGUGGCCAUACCGGCAGCACAGGACCUUUCUCCAACAUCUUCAGUUUCUGGGCUGGACCAACUCCCCACCUGCUGCAGGACAUCUGCUCCCGACCAGCGGUCACUCCUCAUUCAGGCCCCCGGUCAGUGUCCACUCCCAACCGGACCCAGUGGGCCAACAUUAACCGCAGGCUCCAGCUCCUGCAGGAGCAGCUAACCAGACUAGAGUCCCAGGUCAUGGCUGAUAUCUCCACCAUUCUGCAGUUGCUGCAGAGACCCCUGGUCCUGACCCCUCCAGCCUACAGCCCUGUGUCGACUGGCUGCCCACAGCCACCCGAUGGGUGUCAGGACUCACCGACAGCUGCAGUGUCACUCAUUCAGGGUGUUGCAGGGCAGACGUUGGCCCCUUUCUGUGACGGAGAUCCGUGGGGGAACAACAUGUCGGAUGGGUGUGGCCCCCACCCCACCCAGCGUGAGGGGACAGGAGGCGGAGCACUGGCUGUUGAAGACUCAGGACACCCUGGACGUCGGCAAUCAAUGCCCGAGCAGCGGGCAGUCCCCUGGAACAUUCCGGAGCCCCGUAGGUUUACCUCUAAUCCCGGCAGCUAAUGGGCUGUG